AUGACGAGCGAUACGUCACAGGCGGUGAUGGUGACCGGUGCCGGCCGCAGCAUCGGCCGCGCCGUGGCAGAGCGCUUCCACGCCGCAGGUGCGCGCGUCCAUAUCUGCUGCGUGACCACCGAGAGCCUGGAGGAUGUGCUCGGUGCCAACCCCGGCAUGUCCGGCAGCAUCGCGGACGUGGGCUCGGCGGACGCAGUCGCGCGCUGGUUCGAGGACGGGCUCGAGGCUCUCGGCACCUCGACGUGCUGGUCAACAACGCCGGCAUCAGCGGGCCGCGCGCACCGGUGGAGGAGAUCGAGGACGACGACUGGUACCGGGUGA